AAUUUCUAACUUUCCAUUGAGAAAAAAAAGAGAGAGGCUAAUUAGUUAGUACCUUGCAGCAUGCUCUACACAUUCAGUCCUUAAGGGGUUUAUUUUGCAAACUGUGCCUGUAAGGUUUAUUAGCAAUAAGAUAGAAAGUUGAGCAAGUUUAUACCACAAUUUUGUAGAAAAAAAAAGGAAUCUGCUCAAUUCCAUAUUUCACCCAUGAAAAGCCUGCAAUAUGGGCAGUUUCAAGGAAUAAAUAAAAAGAAAACGUAAACCAAAAAAAAAAAAAAAAAAAGAAUUUCUAACUUUCCUGCUAAUUUCUUUCUGCAGGUAUAAUCAGUUGGGGAUAAUGGAAGUAACUAACACAUCCCAUCCUGAAGAGUUCAUUUUGCUUGGCUUUGCUGACCACCCUUGGCUGGAGCUCCCUCUGUUUGUUAUUCUUCUCAUCACAUACCCCAUGGCCAUGGUGGGGAAUAUAGCCAUCAUUCUCGUGUCUGUCUUAGACCCCCGACUGCACAGCCCCAUGUAUUUCUUCCUCACUAACCUCUCCUUUUUGGACAUGUGCUAUACCACUAGUGUGGUCCCUCAGAUGAUGUUUAACCUGGGAAGCUCUAGGAAGACGAUCAGCUACACAGGGUGUGUGAUACAACUGUAUUCGUUUCACACAAUGGGUGGUGAAGAAUGUCUGCUUCUGGCUCUGAUGUCCUUUGAUCGCUAUGUGGCCAUCUGCAAGCCCCUGCACUACACCCUCAUCAUGAAUGGGCGCCUCUGUAUCCUCUUAGCAUCUAUUGUGUGGCUGAAUGGAAUCACCUAUGCAUUCUCAGUAUCUACUGCCACACUGCAGUUGCCACUGUGUGGCCUCAAUACACUGGAUCACAUAUUGUGUGAGAUUCUUGUUUUGAUACAGAAUGCUUGUGGUGAAAAGAGAGCUAAUGAGCUUACACUCUCUGUAAUAUGUUUUUUUGUUGUAAUUGUUCCUUUGUGCCUAAUUCUUGCUUCCUAUGCUUUAGUUGGACAUGCUGUAUUAAAAAUUAAAUCUUCUGAGGGAAGGAAAAAGGCCUUUGGAACCUGUUCCUCCCAUCUCCUGGUAGUGUUCUUAUUUUUUGGACCCGUCAUCAGCAUGUACCUUCAGCCACCAUCCUCUAUUUCAAAGGACCAGCCCAAGUUUAUGGCUCUGUUCUAUGGAGUGGUGACUCCUACCAUUAACCCUUUCAUCUACACCCUCAGAAAUAAGGAUGUAAAGGGGGCUUUAGGCAGCCUGGUAAAGAGAAUUUUUAUUGCAAAAUAA